GUUUUGUUCCAUGAAUCUACUUGUUUAGACGAUUUUGGUUGCGAAUUUUGUUGUGAAAUUGCGAUUUUUAAGAUUUACUUCAUGUGAUUAUUCAUGCAAUUGGUUUUAUGCGGUUGUUAUUGUUUGUUUCAUAUAAUUCAACUUAAUUUUUUCUUUAUCUCAUAUAUGUUAUUUCAUGUUUUUAGGUAUAAUUUACAUGUUACAAACUUAUGAUUCGAAUUUCUGGUAUAACUUGUUAAUGCAUGUUUGUUUCAUGGAAUUAACUAAAUGAUAAAGAAAAGUUAUGUUGCAAUUGGUAGAUUGUUCACUUGUUGUUUAUUUCAUCAGACCAAUUUUUUAAGUGUUGUGGCUGGAAAUCAGGAAUGAAUGACCUGGGCCCAGCGCGGCUGCCUCUCCUGCCCUGUCUCAGGGACGGACCUGUGAAGAGUUUGAAGCCUAUCCUGAAACUUUUGUAUUCACUGAUCUGUUCAUGUCUAAGUUAUGAAGUUUGUCAAGGCAAUCGCGAUAUAAAUGCGGCUAGAAAUAGUUUCAAGCUCGAAUUCGAAGAGAUAGUUACCGUUUCUGCUAGCUUGUUUAAAGAGCUUCAUGAAAGGUUGCUGUGUUGCUCAGAUGAUGCAUCAGUGGAUCUUGAUGUUGGAUUGGAUAUAACGCGAGUUGAUGGGGAGGAUUCAAGGGAAGAAUUGCUUUUGCUUUUAAGAUGUUGUAUUCUCAUGGUGAGAUUACAUCCAUAUGAUCAAAUACUCACCAAGCAAUUCCAGGUUGUUGUUGCUUUACUGCGCAAAUUGUGUCUUCAAAGUUUAUUGACUAGCAAAGAGAGAGGUUUAAUUAAGCUCAAUAAGCCGAUUUCUUCUCACAGAAUUUGUGGUAGCUGUACAAACUCAUCCUCUCUUAAUUCCAGUGUGCAAUCAUCUGACUUGUACCUGUGUUUUUUGCAAAAGAUGCUAGAGGUCUAUCUGGACGAGGUGUUUGUGGACCAACCUUUCCGAGAAUGUAUUGCAAUUUCAACCUCUUCAACCCAUCACAGCCUGUCUUUGUACUCCUCUAUACAGAUUGAAAUUGUCCUUGAAGUCAUUGCUGCUCAUUUUCUUAUGUCAAUUUCUGGUAAAGAUCAUGUCCUUCAAACUUUUACUGAAAGUCUGAUUUGGACAGAAAAACGUGUUCUUUCUUCUCCUGAAGUGAGCUUAGCUGUGGCGUCAUCAUUGAUUAAUCACCCUGUCAUGACAUCUUCCCCAAUACUUCUCCUUUCACAUCUGAUCUCUUUGGUGUCUGAGGUUAUUGGCAUCUGUGUCUUUCCAGAAAAAGGGGGCCCGAAGGUUAGAUUUGUGAAUAUCUAUCUAUCAACAUUUCAUGACUCGGUCAAUUUAUACUGCGAACACAUGUCUAAGCUGAUGACUGGUUCCUGUAGCUCUCGCAGAACUGUCCUGAGACCUUUCAACUCUCAUUUCCAGUCCGAGAUCCAUGAUAGAUUUAAUUUAAUGCAUGUUGAUUUGGAUAAUGCGUGGAGAAAACAAAGCAGCAGCAUGUUUAAGAAGACAAUUUAUAGCAUGGCAGUUGAUGCUAUUUCUUACUUAAAGAUGAAUCUUUGUAUUGUUGAUGAUACUUCCAGAGAUGAUGUGUUCUCCAUUCUUAGUUCAUUGAUUUCAAGACUUAUUUCUGUUGAAAUCGACGAGGUUCUAUUACAAAAGUUUAAGGAAAUCACUAUGCAAGACUUUUGCCUGCUGGCUUCAAUAUUGAAACUGAUGAGCAGCUCUUUGUUGCAAGCUAGUUGUUGUUUUGAUAAGAAGAGUUGUUUGGCAGCAUUGUUCAAGAGAAAGGAUGCACUUCCAGGCUACAGCUCUCUAGCUGGUCUGAUGAGUUUCUUUGUGCAGUACAACUUCCGUAUACCAAUUCAAGUCCAACAGUUCAUCGUUGAUGCCCUGAAGCCACAUCUUUCAACAUAUGAAGAACUGGAGUUCAUGCUUGUGCAUUUUGCUGGCUUUUUAUUAUUAUGCAUCGUCGGUGGGAUGCACAUCCUCAUGAGGGGAUGCUUGUCUUUUAUGCUGGUUCUGCUGAACACUUUAGCUUUGGAAUCAAGAACAGAGUCACCCACAUGUGUGGUUCCACAGGCCACUGUCAGUGGCUCUGUUGCUGGCAGUUCUAAUUCUUUUGGUAGAUCUCAAACGGUAAAUACAUCCAGCCUCAGAGUUGCAUCGAACUUUCGAAGAGAAAGACGAAAGUUGUUGAGGGAGGUGACAGCACCUGAAGUUUCAGAAAUAUCAGAUGAAGAAACUUGCAAUGGAGAGCUUUAUCUCAGGUGUUUGCUAAAGAACCGGGAGGAAAUUUCUGAGUUGGCUGACUUUAUUGAGUGCAAGCCAUGGAGAGACUACAAUGCUCGUCUUAUGUAUAAAGCUAAAACACAGCGCAGGAGAUUUCAAGAAUCUGGUAGGCGGUUGCGGCUUGCGAAGAGUUCCUUCAGAAGUGGAAGUAAAAGGAAGUUAAAAAGGAAAGGAUGUAGCAGUAUCAAGUACUUAUAAGUAAGAGACUACAAUGCUCGUCUUAUGUAUAAAGCUAAAAUACAGUGCAGAAGAUUUCAAGAGUGUGGUAGGCCGUUGCGGCUUGCGGCUUGCGGCUUGCGGCUUGCGGCUUGCGGCUUGCGGCUUGCGGCUUGCGGCUUGCGGCUUGCGGCUUGCGGCUUGCGGCUUGCGAAGAUGCAGGCUCAUAGUUCUUUCAGAAGUGGAAGUAAAAGGAAGUUAAAAAGGAAAGCAUGUAGCAGUAUCAAGUACUUAUAAGUAGAGACUACAAUGCUCGUCUUAUGUAUAAAGCUAAAACACAACGCAGAAGAUUUCAAGAGUAUGGUAGGCGGUUGCGGCUCGCAAAGAUGCAGGUUCACAGUUCCUUGCGAAGUGAAGUAAAACGAAGUUAAAAAGGAAAGCAUGUAGCAUAUCAAGUACUUAUAAGUAAGAUAUAGAAAACCCAAUCCAACUUUUGUAGGUGUCAAUCGGCUCGUCUUGGCUCGGCUAGUAUUUUGGCCUCGGUGAUGCAGGGGAUCGAGAGACAAGAAGGGCAAACAGAUUUAUGUAUCAGGAUUUUCUGUGAUGUCAUUGGUUGUGGUAUACCCCAUAAACAAAGGGUAACAGUCUCUAUACCGAUUUCCUUGCACAAGAUUUCCUUCUACAUAGAUUGACGCUUACACAAGUUGGAUUGGAUAUUUUGCAUCUUACUUAAGUACUUGAUACAGGAAAAAAAUGCGGCCGCGGUCGCGUUCCCGGGAACGGUCACGUUGUCGCGGGAACGGCUUGUAAUGGGGAAAUAGAACGUUUCGCAGCCGACGCGGCGUGAAUUUUUUUAAAAAAUUCACAUAAAUAUGUUUCAACCUUAUUUGCAUUUUUUUAGUUUAUGAAGCAUUAUUACAAAAUAAUACAAUCAAAUCUAAUCGAAUAUCAUGUUUCAUCAACUAUAUAAUUAAAUCAUAGAAAGAAUUUGGCCA